AUGGUAGGGGAGCUGAACAGGAGUUUUGACUUCAAAUUAAGUAUUGCCAAUUAUGGGAAAGUCAUUCUUGACUUCAUCCUUCUUGAUCACAAUCCUAGCAGGCCUAAAUUUGAAGAAGGCAGUGGGCCAUUGGACAUGCUUUCGGACACGGUCUCUUUGCUGAGGGAGGAUCUGACUGAGGCUGCUUCCCGGACGUCUACUGAUACUGAAUACCAAAAGCCAGCAAAUCAAACACUGGUUUCUGAGUAUGAUUAUGAGAGGGCUUCGUCACUAUUUAAAUCCAUGUCACCAUUUCAUGACCUGGACUUCUUCUUGAAUCCUUCAAAAGAUAGAACUGAAGAAAAUAGUGUACCUGCAGGCAAGAUUCCUGGUGAAAUGAACAAUAUCCAUAUGGUCAAGGUUCCUGGUGAUAUUACUUGCAAGGUUUCAAUAAGUAGCCCCGGGGCAGGAAAUCCAUCUUAUGAGCCACCUGUUGUAGGAUCGGGCCAUAUUGAGCUAGGGCUUGUUUCUUUUCCUGAUGCGGUCGUUAUUGUGAACACACAAAAUACAAGUGAAGUAAUGUUGGUGUCCAGAAGAAGUACAUAUCAAAAGAUUCUGGCUAUGGAGAAAGAAGGAAUUCAAGUAAUUGAGCGUGAUACAACCCUGCCAGUUGAUAUUAUAAUCAGUGCUGCAGUUUGCCUGGUGUGGUAUACUCACAAGAACAUUGGCAGAAAAGCCUCUGGUUUCAGUGAAGGAUCUUCAGUGUUAGCUUGUCAUAUUGAGAAUAUAGCAGCAAAUAUUCUUACAAACUUGAGCUUCGCUUUUAGGGCAUGCAUUCUGAUAUUUGAGGGGGAAUCUGGCUUUCUUGCUUCGGUAAUGGAAUCUUCAGAUGGACUUUAUGCUGCGGCAGCUAGUCUGGGAAUUGAUUUACAACUCCUUUGCUCCUUUUCACCUGAGUUAACUGAUGAGAUCAUAUUGAAAUCUAUUGCUAAGGAAACUAGGAUUAUUAGGGGUCUUUAUACUAAACUUCCUGAAUCAGAGACACUGGCAGAAUCUUUCCUGACCAAAUUUCCUUCUGUCAAUCCACUAUCAGCUCACGCAAUACUGUCUUCUGAAGGGAUGCUCAGUGACUUUUUGAAUUAUCUCAUGAAUGCAGAGUCACCACGGUCCAAAAAUAUCAAGUUCCUGAGGAAAGUGUUUCUCUUUUUAGUGUUUUAUGCCAAUUUGGGGAACGUGAGGAUUCUCGGUCUAUAA